UGUUUGAAAAGUAGGCGGAGGGAAUGAAAAGGAAUCAGUCAUCGUGGAAAAGUUAUAAAUCCUCCCCCCUUUAACUUAAAACCUCUGCAGACACCUGAGCUGAGAGAGAGAAGGAAGGCGAGAGCUGGAGAAUGCAAAAGAACGAGACAAACGCAAAAACGAACAGAAACCCAGAUAGUCGCAAUUAGAAGCCUCAGUAAGUGAAAAGUGAUUCUGUGCCAUGAACUUUACCUUCCCAACAUACCAAGUGGCACUGGAGUAAGCGAUAACCGUAAAGAUCUUCAAAAUGGGAGUCAAGCUCGGAGAUGACAAGACCGGGUACAGAUCGGUGGCAGGCUGCUGGAAAGGAUUCUUCUGCAACAUUAAGGUCUUUGUAUUUUGCCAUGCUCUUCUGCAGCUUUCUCAGCUUCUGUACAGUGCCUACUUCAAGAGUAGUUUGACCACCAUCGAGAAACGCUUUGGUCUUUCAAGCUCUUCCUCAGGACUUCUCUCCAGCAUCCAUGAGAUCAGCAAUGCUGUGCUCAUCAUCUUUGUCAGCUACUUUGGAAGCAGGGUCCACCGGCCACGUGUCAUUGGUGUUGGUGGAUUACUUCUAGCUCUCGGAACGUUCCUUCUCACGGUGCCACACUUCUUGUCGGAGAAGUAUCAGUACACCACACUGGAAAACGGAAACCAGUCUCAUCAUGGAGAGCUAUGUACAGGAGAGAACAGAACAUCACCCUGUGUGGGUACAAAUAGCCAGACAGCAGAAGCUUCCAGCCCAGGGGCCACCAAUAUGUGGGCCGUCAUGAUAGUGGGACAGCUGCUGGCUGGAAUUGGCACGGUCCCCAUCCAGCCUUUUGGCAUUUCCUACAUAGAUGACUUUGCAGGACCAAAUAAUUCUCCAUUGUACAUCGCCAUGCUAUUCGCAGUGUCUGUUUUUGGCCCAGCCUUUGGAUAUCUUUUGGGCUCAGUAGUCCUCACAAUGUAUGUUGAUGUUGGAAGAGUGAAUCCAGAGGAUGUAACCAUCAGCCCCAGAGACCCUCGUUGGAUAGGCGCUUGGUGGGUUGGCCUUCUCAUAGCGUCAGGCUGCAUGGUUAUUACAUCCCUUCCUUAUUUCUUCUUUCCACGACACAUGACUAAAUCAGAGAAAUGUGCCACAGAGGAGAACGUUCUAAGAAAAGUGCCGGAUGUCAAGAACGAGGAAGGCUCUCUGUGCAGCUUUAUUAAGAGGUUCCCGCGUUACUUUGUCCGGAUGCUUCUGAAUCCUCUCUUCUUGAUUCUGGUCCUUGCCCAGUGCAGCUUCUCUUCAGUCAUUGCUGCACUAUCCACCUUCCUCAACAAGUUCCUGGAGAAGCAGUAUGGAUCCAGCACGUCAUACGCUAACUUACUUAUUGGAGCCGUGAAUCUGCCUUUUGCUGCUCUGGGGAUGCUAAUAGGAGGGAUCAUCAUGAAACGAUACUGUUUUACUGUGAAAAUAAUUCCCCGUUUUGCGCUUGGUGUCCUCUUUGUCUCCGUUAUGAUGUGCCUCCCCAUCUUUUUCAUGGGCUGCCCUACGCAGAAGCUGGGAUUCAACACUUUAUCAAGUUCCCAGGCUUGUAUCAAACGGUGUAGCUGCCUAGACUCAGCCUUCCAUCCCGUUUGUGGGUCUGAUGGAGUAGAACAUCUGUCCCCCUGUCACGCAGGCUGCAGAGCAUUCAACUCGACAUCAAAAACCUACUUCAGAUGCUCGUGUAUGUUUGAUGGAUCGGAUGCCGGGACGGCACAGUCGGGUUCCUGUCCUCUCAGCUGUUCCCACCUAUUGCUGCCAGUCAUGUUCCUCAUCUCAUUUGCUGGGCUUGUCGCCUGCCUUUGCCACAAUCCUUUAUAUAUGAUGGUGUUACGAGUGGUGCCGCAAGAUGAAAAGUCAUUUGCAAUCGGAGUUCAGUUUCUUCUCAUGAGGCUUUUAGCUUGGUUGCCGGCACCGGCUCUGUUUGGACUAGUAAUUGACUCUACGUGUAUCAAGUGGGAUACUCCGUGCAGUGGGAAAAGAGGAGCGUGCCGGUAUUACGAUAACGAUCUUCUGCGCAACAGGUACCUGGGGCUUCAGAUGGGAUACAAAAUUCUAGGAAUCUUGCUACUCGGCAUCAUUACCUGGAAAGUCAAAAAAAGCAAAGAAUACAAUGUCCAACAGAAGGAAUCUGGCGUAGCAUAAAACUCUUCACAAUAACCCAGUUCAAAAGACUCUUGGGCGUUUGUCCCACCCUGAAACAGUUUUCUUCAGGGGUCUGAUACUUCUAGCAAUGCAAGCUACAGGUCAGCGGCUGUGAUAAGGCCGCGGGGGAAAAGACCUGAAAUACAUUUUUGAAGGCACUUCCGACUUAGAGACAGGGAAAAACAAAAAUUCAUCUGGAGAUCAACUAGGAUUUUUGCAAUCUGUAAAAAUUGACUGGUGUAUCAACAAGAAUUCCAGAAGAAAAAUUAAGUUAUUGUUUGUUUAUCACAUAGGUCCAUCACUGUUUUGUUGGCAUUAAUUGCACUUUUUUUUUACAGAAAAUACAUUUAAAAAUGAUAGGUUUUCCCCCUAAAUAUCAAAGUGCUAUAUUUGAAGUUAGAAAUGUUGCUAUAUUUGUCUUAAUCCCUAUCUGCCACAAUUUAUAUACAUCACAGCCCAUAGAAGAUAUGUAUCUAUGGUUAUACCUUACAUCUAACUUUGUAAGAAUUGCUGCCAAAUAGAUAAUGAUGUUUCUGAUAGGAAAGGUGGCAUUUUUGUGAAUAGGUUACCGAGCAGUAUUGGUGUAAAGUCUUGCAAUCAGCGUGAUGAACUUUGGCCCAACUAUAAAACAGUCGGAUGCACAUGUUCCUUUAAGAAAAUGUAACUAUUGUCAUUAUUGUGAGAUCCUUUAUUAUUGAGCACACUUUAUUUGAGCCUGCUGAAGUCAGGAAAGUGGUUAUCACAUGGCAGGGAAUGAAGACAGUAAAUAAAUGUGUUUUUGGAAAAAGUAAAAGGUCACCAACACUGAGGUUUCUGGUCCAAAGGUAUAUUUGUAGACUAGAUAGUGCUGAUUAUACAGAGGUUUGUAAUGCUUAGAUACAGCAGACCUACAACCCAGGUCCAGGUGAGAUCAAUGAACCCUCUCACGGGUAACAAUCCAAAUUUUAGGAAAAUACUUGGAAUUCUCCUCUGUUGUUUUAGCAGUGACACCCAAAACCAGUGAUCCCUUGCUAUGUAGCCCUGUCCCCUACUGGUGUCACUUACAAAGUUCUUGUUUUUUUUCAAUGUAAAGCAAAUUUUCUCCAUUAA